AGAGGCCAUCUGGCGACGUUGGACAAGUGGCAUUUCCAAAAUACCAAAAAAAUGAGAUCACAAACUUAACCCUAGCUCACACUGUUCAUUGCGGUGCUGUUAAAGGCGAAGGAGGGGAGUUUGAUGGCCCCGUUUAACGACUACAUUACAGUAAACGGUUUAUGGAGCUCAGUGCUGCACCUGACACGCUGGGUCAUUGAUAUGGAUGCAUUGAUGGAUCAAUGACAAACAAUUGCAGGGUAAUAGAAGGAUAGAUAGCGAUCAAUAUGUUGAUGGGGUAUGGAAAUCAAUAUAUAGAUUGAUCAAUUCGGUCGCAUGAGUACACUCAAUAAAUGACUACAUAAUGAAUCUCCAUAAUACACAGCAGGUAACUAGCAAGGUGUGAUUGCACCAAAUUGAAGAAUACCAUUGUCCUCUUUGUUCUUCCGUGCUGUCAAUCAUAUUACAAAAAAAUAUUAAUAAUUUAUAACUGUAUUGAAGAAUGCAGCCAUUCAUUCAUUCUCUCUCAAAGGGGCUCUGUGUGACAGGAGACAUCUCUCAGGGGUGCGGUCUACAUGCAAGGAGGAGCUCCCGCGCUUGCAUCCUCUUCAUCAUCUCGUCCCAGUCAUUCUGCAGCCAUGUCGGACUCGGAGGACAUGACGGAGUUCGCCAGCAUCGUGGAGCGCAUCGAGCGCGGCGAGGUGCCCAUCAAGAAUAUUGAGCGUGAGCUGAUCUGCCCCAUCUGCAAGGAGCUCUUCACACACCCGCUCAUCCUCCCAUGCCAGCACAGCGUUUGUCACAAAUGCGUCCGGGAGCUGCUCAUGCUCAACUAUGACGACUCCUUGGACGGUGGCUCCGAGUGCUCGUUGCCGGGCAGCCCCAGGUCCCGCGUGCCAUCGCCCUCCAUGGAGAGGCUGGACAAGCUCGUACGAUCAGCCUCAGUGCGAAGGUCGCUCGGAAGUCGAGGUAGACGCGGCCUCCGGCUCUUGAGUUACUGUAGUAGUCCUCGGAAACGAAGCGGAAAUACUGAGAUAAAUCCAGCACUCCUCACUUCUCCCCAAAAACGUUCCAUUUCAUCCCCGGGCUGGCGCCGAGGGUCUGUGACACCUCGGGUCACCACCAUCGCCUGCCCGGGCUGCCAGCACGACAUCGACCUAGGCGAGCGCGGUAUCAGCAUGCUGUUCCGCAACUUCACUCUGGAGAGCAUCGUGGAGCGCUACCGGCAGGCGGCCCGCGCCGCCGUCGCCAUCAUGUGCAACAUCUGCAAGCCGCCGCAGCAGCAGCAAGAGGCCACCAAGAGCUGCAUGGACUGCAAGGCCAGCUACUGCAACGAGUGCUUCAAGAUGCACCACCCCUGGGGCACGCCCAGGGCCCAGCACGAGUAUGUGGGACCCACCACCAACUUUAGACCCAAGGUGCUGAUGUGUCCCGAGCACGAGAUGGAGAAGGUGAACAUGUACUGCGAGGCGUGCCGACGGCCCGUGUGCCACCUGUGCAAGCUCGGAGGCAGCCACGCCAACCACAGGGUCACAUCCAUGAGCAACGCCUACAAGAUUCUCAAGGAGAAGCUGGCCAAGAGUAUCCAUUACCUCAUCAGCAAAGAGGACCAAGUCAGAGCUCAAAUUACCGGACUGGAGCAUCUCAUCAGUCAGACAGAGGAAAAUGGGCAGCUAGCAGAGCGUCAGGCCAACGAGCACUUUGAAUGCCUGUUUGAGACCCUGCAGGAGAGAAAAUCGGAAAUGCUCAAAUCCAUCGAGCAGUCACGAAGCAGGCGCAUGGGACAGCUCAAAUCCCAGAUGGAGGAGUACCAGGGCAUGCUGGAGAACAGUGGCCUGGUGGGCUAUGCUCAGGAAGUCCUCAAAGAGACCGACCAGUCUUGCUUUGUGCAGACUGCCAAGCAGCUGCAUGUCAGAAUCCAGAAGGCCACAGAGUCUCUAAGGACUUUCCACCCAUCAGCUGACUCCUGUUUUGAUGAGUUUGUGCUGGACACGUCAAGAGAAGAGACCCUCCUCAAAGAGCUGUGCUUUGGCGGAGUUCCGGACCCACCCAUGAUUGACCUGUCCAAGAGCCGAGUCUAUAAUGAGGCCACCAUCUUCUGGAAGCUGUCUGACGACCACCAACCCACAGACCAGCACGUGUUAGAGUACCGCAAAUUGGCUGACCCGAGGCGGUCGCUGUCCCAAGAGGAUAUUGAGGAUUGCGCCUGGCAAGCGAUGGAGCACCUGCACGGUCCCAGCACCACAGUGUGCGGCCUGGACCCCGACAGCCUGUACGCAUUCAGGGUGCGCACCUGCCGGAACUCGGUGUUCAGCCCUUAUAGCCCUGAGGUCACCUUCCAUACACCCCCUGCACCUGCCUUCGACUUCCUGUUCAAUGACAAGUGUGGCUUCUGCAUGGAGCGCCUGGUCCUCAACAAAAGGCGGGAUGCAGUGGAGAGUGUGGCCGGCGUGGCCUUCCUGCUCGCUGCUGACCGCGUGCAGACGGGCAGCUACGUCAGCCUGGACUACAUUAUUGGCGACACGGGCAUCUCUCAGGGAAGACACUACUGGGCCUUCAAAGUAGAGCCGCAGUCCUACUUGGUCAAAGUGGGCGUGGCCUCGGACACAAAGCUGCUGGAAUGGUUUCACAACCCGAGGGACACUAGCAGCCCGAGGUACGACCACGACAGCGGCCACGACAGCGGCAGUGAGGACGCUUGCUAUGAGCUCUCGCAGCCCUUCACCCUCCUCACUGUGGGCAUGGGCAAGCUCUUUAUCCCCAAGGCGUCGCCCUCAUCUUCAUCUGCCACUGCCGCCACCUCCUCGGGCGACCCGGGUAACCGCACGCUGCCCAUGCCGCAGCGCCUGGGCGUGUGUCUGGAUUACGACGCCAGCCGCGUGUACUUCUACGACGCCGACAGCAUGCGCUGCCUCUACGAGAGGCAAGUAGACUGCUCGGGGAUCAUGUACCCGGCGUUCGGCCUCAUGGGCGGCGGCAAGGUCCAACUGGAGGAGUUUGUCACCGCCAAGAGGCUCACCUUCUGAGUGCGACUGGCCGUGGUCAGCUCUCUAUUUGCACCUUUUGGCAAGUGUACUUUAGCAUGGUAUGUGGUAGGAAGGUUGAGGCGGCUUCAAUCAGGGUCUUUGGUCCAAAUAGUUUUUUUUUUUCCCCCGUCAG